CAUGAACGUUAGCGUUAGCGUCAAAGUGUACCAUAGUUACAAACAGCGCGCAUUCAAAAGUAAGAUAGAUGAUGUUUUAUUCAUAUUUUGCGUGACAAACGACUGAUAAUGGCACAAACACUAGAUUCUAAUAUAAGAGGAGAAAACAGUUAUAAAGGACUGUUGUUAAAUUGUUCCCAUCAUUCUGGUACAGCGCUGGACUACGAGGAUUCAGAAAGUCUGUCAACAAUCGAGGAUGAUUAUCUACAUAACACAGCAGACACGGCAAACCCUUCAGAUGUAAACGUUGUUCCUAUUCUUCCGAAGUCUUCCGAAUAUGUAAAUUCGUCUGCCCUCUUGCCUUUUAGAGAAGAAAAACAUCCAUUGCAGGAGGGCAACGUUGAAUAUUUGCAAGCCAAAGCAAAAUCAAAUACCAGAAAUAUCUGCAAAAUCUUGCAAGGCUCCAAAAACCUUGAUGUCCUUGACCUUCAGCGUAUUUCAGAAAAGUUUUCAAGAGCCGAAGAGAGAAAGUUAGAAGAACACGUAAAGGUCGUACAUGAAAGAGAUGGAUUUAAUUUCGACGUUGUUACAAAAGUAGACAAACUUUUAGAGGAGGCCUAUAGCAUGUUACAUACAUAUCAAAACAAGCUAGACUUCACAACCAGACUUAAGCUUCUCAAGCUGAUCCUAGCUUUGAACGAGCUUCCACAUCUACAUGUAUCUACACAUAGGGGGAAAGGAAAAUCUGCACGUGUUACUGAUUGGCUGAAUAAGUGCACGAGCCAUCCCGAGCCAGAAUUAUGCGGUUUUAGUUUGAAAGAUCCGGUUCAUAUCAGAAAAUUUGUAACGGACAUCUCGCCAAAGAUGUCUUCCAGUGACACAAAUAUCACUCUUGGAAAGCGGAAACGAGGCUUUGAGGAUAAUAUGAAAGAUGAUGUCACUUCCGGUCUGAAAAGUAGUUCCGAUACUUGUGUCUGCGUUCAUGCUGAUUGGUCGAGAAAUGGCGCUGGAGGGAAGCGUAGGAGAUUGUUUAGUAAUUGAGUGUAACAUUUUGUUGGAUUGUUUGACAUUACUUUAUUUACAUAAAAUCAUUGUUUAUUUUC